UGCGGACGGCGGCUGGCGGGUGCGCCCGGGACCCGCGCCCGCGGAGCGGAGGGGGCUACCGGCAGGCGAGCGGCUGCGGCUCUUGCGCGCAGCCCCCCUCUCUUUUAUGAACAGCGAGGCGGCAAAGCGGCAGCGGGGGACACCUGGAGGAGCAUCUCUUCCUCGGGUUUAUGAAUGGCACUGACAUGGAGGAAAUACCGUUUCAGAAAGUCAAGACCAAGAGGAAGAAGUGCUGCCACUGCUGCUGCUCCCCGCCGGCUGCCGCGGCGUCGGGAGCGGGAGCCGGGUUAGGGGACCCCCCUCCCUUGCUGCUGCUGGAUGCCAUCGCCUGCGAGGACGAGUUUGACUGCAAGGAGCUGGAGGCUCUCUUCCAGAGCUACAACCUGAAGCUGGAGCAGACGUCCACCCUCAAGGCGCUGGCCGUCCUCAUCGUGCUCACCGCCAGCCUAGCCCUGGUGGAGCUGCUCUCCGGUCCCAGCCUGACCAUCUCCAAAGGUUCGCACCCGGUGCACUGCAUCAUCUUCCUCUCCCUUUUCAUCGUCACCAAUGUCAAGUACCUGCAGGUCACGCAGCUGCAGCAGAUCGUCAAGCUCACCUUGCUCUUCAGCUUCACCUUCUCUUUCCUCUGCUGCCCCUUCUCUCUCAGCGCCUACGGCAUGGAGGCGCCCAGCGCCCCCGAGCAGGGCAUGUGGCAGCUCAUGCUGGUAACCUUCGUCUCCUACUCGCUGCUUCCCGUCCGGACGCUGCUGGCCAUCGUCUUCGGGCUGGUGGUGUCCGUCUCCCACCUCAUCGUCACCGCCACCUCCGUCAGUGCCAAGCGGCAGAGGCUCUGGAGGACGCUUGUGGCCAAUGCAAUCCUUUUUGUCAGUGUAAAUUUGUAUGGGGUCUUUGUGAGGAUUUUGACAGAAAGGGCUCAGAGGAAGGCAUUCCUUCAGGCCAGGAACUGCAUUGAGGACAGGCUGAGACUGGAGGAUGAAAAUGAAAAACAGGAACGUCUCCUGAUGAGCCUUUUGCCCAGGAAUGUUGCAAUGGAAAUGAAGGAAGACUUCCUGAAGCCUCCAGAAAGGAUUUUCCACAAGAUUUACAUUCAAAGGCAUGACAAUGUUAGUAUUUUAUUUGCAGACAUUGUGGGAUUCACUAGUUUGGCAUCACAGUGUACUGCCCAAGAGCUGGUGAAGCUGCUGAAUGAACUUUUUGGAAAAUUUGAUGAAUUAGCUACAGAAAAUCAUUGCAGAAGAAUAAAAAUCCUAGGGGACUGUUACUACUGUGUAUCAGGAUUGACCCAGCCAAAAACAGAUCAUGCCCAUUGUUGUGUUGAAAUGGGACUGGAUAUGAUUGACACCAUCACAUCUGUUGCAGAAGCCACAGAGGUCGAUCUCAACAUGAGAGUUGGAUUGCAUACAGGCAGGGUGCUUUGUGGGGUCCUGGGUCUCCGAAAAUGGCAAUAUGAUGUCUGGUCAAAUGAUGUGACAUUAGCUAAUGUAAUGGAAGCUGGAGGACUGCCUGGGAAAGUUCACAUUACAAAGACCACCUUAGAGUGCCUAAAUGGAGACUACGAGGUAGAACCAGGAUACGGUCAUGAAAGGAAUAGUUUCUUGAAGAAGCAUAAUAUUGAAACAUAUUUUAUUGUGCCAUCCCAUCGUAGGAAGAUUGCUGAGAAACUGCUGGUGAUUGGAGAAAAGACUGCUCAAUUUGUCAUCAGCUACAUAAACCCAGAUGCCAUCUUACCCAUGGGUAUCACUGAAGAGUCUGUGGAAAUGGCAGAUGCUGCUCCACAGCUUGACUAA